AGUUCUGGUAUUUACAAAUUUCAUCUGUCAGGAGUAUGUAAAUUUACCUUACAUUUGGUAAUCUAUUUAAGAUUAGUAGGCAAUUUUCACCAUAACAGUCAUAUUAGUAUUAUUAACAUCCGAGUUUGGAAAAUUAACUUUCUUAAAUAUCUCAUUUUCUCAUUAUUAAACUAUCCCAUCAAAAACUAUACAUUUGAUCUAUUACCAGGUAAUUUAUUUACCAGGUUAUCUGUGUUCUCACAUUUUUUGAUCGGGAAAAAACGCAUGUAUUCAAAUAUUUUUGUAUUAUUUUGAUUGAUAAACUUUUCCAUAGAAGUUCAUGGAUGAAUUCAUUCUUUGUAUCGUGUUACUUUUAAAGAAUAUUGUCCUAUAAACUAUUAAUUCAGUUACGUAUUUAUCAUUUAUUAUUACAGGAUCUUCCCAAUUUGUAGUUGAUAAGCUUAAAGCGGAAAAAAUAUUCCCAAACUAUUGGAUAUCAGGUGAAUUAUUGAAAAAUCUAGGUUUUGUAAUCAAAAUUACAUAAUUUAUUUAUUCAAUAAGAAAACCGGUGAAAUAUGGACACCAACAUAGGCGUCAUAUUUAGAUAAGAAAACAUUAUGAAGUUAUUAAGAAGUUCUUAUAACCAAUAAAUCUACGGCGACAUACAUUUAAAAUACGUUUCUUUAUAAGACUUAUUUACGUCAUAAGUCAACUUGGAUUGGGAACAAACAAAAACUACUCUACAAUAAAUGCAUAUUUCCAGUCACUUUCUUGUAUAAGAACAGAUUACUUGAAUCAUAGAAAUAGUUUUGAUACACCAGUAGAUGAUAACUUAUCAGUGAAAUUAUUCUUCAAGUUUAAUUUGUAACUGUUAUACCAAAUUAUUUUCAUUCACUACUCGUCUUUAUUUAAUUUAAAGUUAUUUUUCUUGAAAUUAAUGCUUAUGGUGAUUUAAAUUUUUUAUUUACUUGGGACUAUUUACUUAUUAAAUUAGUUACUGUAUUUGAAUUUGAGCCAUACUUUCGGUGUAACAAAUAGUGAUGCAACCCGGCUCUCAGAUAAACAGUUGUUGCUUCACUAUGUGAAGAGAAAAUUUGAAAAGUGAAUCAUUUUAAACGAACUCUUUUUACUUGUAAAUCAUCAUUCCUCGUAAAUUAAUAUUAAGAAGUUAAUGUGAGGUCUUGUUUUAUCUUGAGUGGAAAAUUUUAGAAAACCAGUGGGACAUGACGUCAAUGAAACAUAUUUAUAGUCACUUGUCAAAUUAAGAAGUUUUAAUAGUUGAAUUCAUGAUUCGAUCUAAGCUAGACCACCAUUGAAAACCCGGAAACACUGAACGGACGUUUCGUCUACCUCAGAUAAUGGAUGAGAGGUUGCACAAGAUCUUGGAUCGAUUGGAGUUAGAUAUUAACACUCUGGAUGCCGUCUUACUACUUUUUUAUGUUAAUUUGCAAUUUGUGCAUUAGAAUUGGGAAGGAAAGUACACCAAAAGACUCACGAAAAUUGGAAUUCAAGAGAGACAGACUAUCAUAGUACCACUCAUGUUGUGCAAUUAAGCUCAAGUUAAUAGUAUACGAUUUGUAAAUUAUUAUCCAUAACCAAUUUAAAUUGUUCAAUAUGGUUGGAAGAUCUCUUUUCACGAAAAUAAUUCUCCAUUCAGUCAGAUGCUCCAGUCAAGGCACCAAAAAAAUAUGAUGAUUGAUUAGACAUCUUCUAGAAGUAAUGAUGAGAUGCUAAUAUUGUUUAAAAAUGUGGUCCCGUUUUUAAUAUUUUUCCCUUAAUAUCGAUUCAAUGAUGACCAAAAUAUACUUGCAAUUGCAGUUUAAUGCAGAUUGGUAUUAUAUAUAUGCUUAAAUACAUUAAAUUUAAAUAUCCACAGGGCUCCGGAGCUUAGGAUAGAGAUUAAUUCAGUCUUUUGGGCUUAGAUUCAGCAUCGUGUGUUAGGACACAGUGUCGGAAAUUCAGUUAAUGUAGCCAACUUGAAACACCGACUUUGGUCGCUUGGACGUCUUACGAAUUUUGUUCCAGUGAAUUCCCCCACGUGCAUCAGUUACCAACGCUGGGAACGGUUAGAAAAAACAGAAAAGUGGCCAGUGCACGACAUGGCAUCGUGGUGUGAAACGAAGCCAUACAGGGCUGGCUUCUGCUGGUCUUUCACGGCUUCCUGGUUGUGGUCCUACAGAUGGUACAAUACAGUGGCUUGAAAUGUCAUCAGAUAUGUCUCAGAAUAAAAGCCAGUGGUGAUCCUGCUGUAGCAUUCUUUUACUUUCCACAUAAAAGUGGACAUAACUUCUUUAACCAAAAGAGUUCUUUCUGUUUGUAUUUUUCCUAACUGAACGUUUUCUCCCUUUAUUAUUAUUAUUUCACUCUUAUACAAUCACUUCUUUUCAUUGUUACUAUACUCACCCCGUAUUAUUUAUCCAUUCUCAACCUUACUAUUAUUAUGUGAUGCACAUGUAUUUGGUUUCUCUUUUUACGAAUGUGUAUGUGUUCAAAUAAAGAAAUAAAUGGGCUUAUAACCGCUGAUUAUCAACUAGCAUUAAAUACCUACUUUAACUUAGACGAAAGACUCUUUAACGUUUAUCAAUGAACUGUGGUUAAUAUCUAUCCAUAGGUGAAAAGUAUUUACGAAUAUUAUUUAAUUCAUUUAAUGUAUUUUGCUAACUUAAAAGUUUUUCCGUUGGGAAAUGUUUUAGCUAAUCAAAGCACUGUACCAGAGUUUACAUUCUUUUUUCUAUUCUAACAAAAUUACAUUAGACAUGAAAAUAACAUUUUUUCUCUUUCGGUACGUCUGUUUUCUUUUUUUUCUUCAAUUUAUCAACAUUUUUUUCAUGACACUUACAUCAGAAAUACAAUCAAUAGCGUAGAAGAUCGAAAAAAAAACCCAACGAACAUGUUAAAUUCUUGAAAACAAACUUUCACAUUAUUCAUCGAUUGUUAUAUACUCUACGACUAACUAUAUGUACAUACAUCUCCAUAUAUAUACAUAUCCUUAAAUGUUUGUAUGCCAUUUCGAACCAUGCAAUUGAUUUACGAUAAUGAAUGUUAGACAUGGAACUAUUUUAUCUGUCAUUUUAUAUUCUUCGCCUACUUUUAACAUUUAAGAAUGAAUAAUUAUGCACUAGGAUCGAAUGAAUACAGAAAUCAUUUCACUGCAUUUAUAACCAAUAAACAAAUAAUGAACUAAAGUUAUGUAUUUUUAUGUGUUCACUUCAAUAUGAUGUUCAAUAUAUAAGAGUACUAUUAAAUUCUCUCAUUAAACGGAAGAAAUUUUCAAUAGUUAUUAGAAUAUCUGGAGAUAAUGUUAAAUACACUUAAAUAAGUCAAUGAUAAAUUUAAUUCUAUGCAUUCCAAAUAACGUUAAGCUACAGCUGAACAUGAUUUGAGUAGUCUCCUAAGAGAACUUGAAGUGGUUGAAGAGAAAAUGAAAGAAUUAGAACAGGAAAAUAAUCAGUUCACUCGACGUUACAGUUUAGCUUCAUCCUCUAAUGGCAAACAUCCAACAUAUCCUGUUUCUGACAAAUCUACAGUAGAAACUUCAAACUCAUCAGUAAUAGUUAGUGAUCAACCUGUAAUUUCUUUAUCAGUGCCUGAUAGAAAAGAAAAUUUAAACAAAAAUAAUGGCUAUAUUUGUGCAGAAUGGGCAGCUAAAUUAAAUCAUGAUGAAUAUGAUCAUAAUGAUAAUAGUAGAUUUUUAAAGAAAGAUUCCUCACCCUCACCUCCUCCACCGCCGCCUGCAUUUCUUGGAGCUGGUGAUGCAUGUGCAAGCCCUACUAGUUCUCCGCCUAGUUCUUCAUAUUCCCCUCAUUCGCAAUUAAUCCGACAAUCAAAUGGUCCCUCACAAAUACCGCAAAAAUCUCCACAACGAAAUCAACUUAGAAGUGAUGAAUCGUGGUCUGUUAUUCAUGCGAACAACCCAAUGAAUGGAAUGAAACCACAUCAUUUAAACUCAUAUGAUGGUGGUUUAAAUGACAAAGAUAGAGAAACAAUUCAAUUACAAAGGACAACUCAAGUUCCAGUUUAUAAUUCUCAAUCGUAUCAAAAUUUUGAUACUCAGAAACAGCUUAUUAAUGAACUAAGAGGAUUAUAUCGAAACUCAAGUACAAAAACGCAGCCAAAAUAUUCUUUACAACCCAAUGUAGAGAAACAGAUAUACUAUCCAAAUACUUCUCCAAUUUCAUCUCCUACACCAAAUUACCAAGCAAAUUCAAAUUCUUAUAUCCCUACAUCAUCAUCUGAUCAACAUGAAAUCAUCAAAACUAAUAUUAAUAACAAUAAUAAUAACUCGUAUGUUCGUUCUAAGCGUUCAGAUGUUUACCGCUCAUAUGGAUCAUUAACCACUAAUCAAGGUACAAACAACUCUGAUCCAGGAAUAACGAAAGAACGUGACUGUGAAGAAAAUAUUACAGUCAAUGAAACUGGCUGUUGGACACCAGAUCAAGUUUUUACACGACGUGAUUGCCUUAAAGCUAAUUCAUUGGCCGCAAGGGGUGGUAGCGAUGGUUUAUCGAAUUCAAUGAGUCCAGAAAGCUCAUUGUCAGAUAAAUCAGGUUCAGAAGCUAAUGAACUAAACCGUCUUCAUAUGUCAGACAGUUCAGAGAGUAAUCAUGCUAACAAAUUAGUAGUACGUGUAUUUCGUCCGGAUAGAACAACUAAAGCAAUAUUAAUUGAACAUCAAAUGACCGCUGGUGAAGUGGCUACUAUGAUGAUUGAAAAGAAUUUUUUACAACCUUCAGUACAUUUAGCUUUGGUAGAAAAAGUUCCAGCUUUAAAAAUAGAACGAGUAUUUGAAGAACAUGACAUUGUGUCUGAUUGUAUUUUGUCUUGGCCAACAAAAAGUCAAAAUAUGAUCUUCUUUGAAGAACGACCAGAUCACUUUGGUCUUGUUGAAUCACCAGAUUAUUGGAUUGGUGAAGAAACCACUACAAAACAAGCUUUUCAUAGUGCAGAAGCUAUUCAAACAAUGUUGAAUAAUAUUGAUACCAGUGGUUUUCCAGAAUGGCGUGAUUAUUUGUUUAUACGUAAACCUGGUGAUAAAUCAUGGUCACGUCGUUUAUGUGUUUUAAGAAGUUCCGGUUUGUACACUUCAAAUAAGAAUAAAAAGUCAUUCUCAUCUACAGAUCUUAUUCGUAUUCUGGUUUUGGAUGGACCUUUAAAACUUUAUACAACUACAGGAGGUUGGUCACGGAUGCGUGCACCUACUCCACACGGUUUCGCCUUCAAGCCCUAUUCUGCACAAGAUCCUUCUUCGACACAUGUGUUUUGCUUCUGUGCAACAGAUGAGAAAGCAUUACGUCAUUGGGUUAGUCGACUACGUGUUGCUAAAUACGGAAGACAACUACUAACCGAUUACCACAUGGCACUUAGUAGAGUUCACCAACUGAUUAGUCUACGCACUCAACUAAGUAUUAAUUCCAACCGUUCAAGUAAUAAUAUGAUAAGUUUGAACUUACAACCGAAAUCAUCUUUUGAUUAUCUUUCACAAUCGUCAUCAUCAAUACAUGUCCCAACAGCCAGUUCUACACGAAGUCUUUUAACUGCUAGUUCUUCUCCAUCAGUCUUCCCACGAGGCGAUCCACGUUACUCAGAAAAUCAACAUCAACAACAACAUUCAUGUAGUAGACAAUCAUUACAUCCAAAUAUUCAAUCAUCAUAUUCACCACGUCCUGUUUCUCCUUUAGGUAUGAGAGCAAGAAUGAUAACCAAUUCUGAGCAUCCUUGCCUUAUAAACAUGAAUCAUUCUUCAGGACAACUUAAAAACCAAGAUAAAUUCCCUCCAACUAUACAUAAUUCAUCAGAUAGAUAUAAAUGAUUAACAUCUUUCAACAUUUCAGUCAUCCUAUCAGUUAAUUUUUAAAAAAAAAGAUAGAAUCAUAAUAUCAAGUGCAUAAUUUAAAUAGAACCCAUGCUUUUCGACUGAAACUAACAAAUUGCGCACAAACGUACACCUUUAAGAUCUCUCUGUAUUAAUUAGAAAAGAAGUUGAACUAAGUAAAUUGUUACUUUUUUACGUGAUCUUUCAUCAUUUAUGAUGACGACCAACACUAUUUCAUUAUUUAUAAAUUUCCUUACAAAUAUGAUCAAUCCUGUUAAUAGCAAUUAUAAUUAUCAACACAAAUAUUCAAUCAGAUUUCAGUAACAGAGCAUUUUUGAGAUAUUAGAGAAAUCGCUGUUUCUAUCUUAUUGUACGUACAUAAAAAUUUUUUCUUUCUAUAUAAAACAUGAAGUUUGUGAUCAAUAACAGUAUUAUAAUUAUUUGAUUACUAAAGAUAUACUCUUGGUGGGAGAAUCUAACCUAAAAUAUUGAGGCCUCUGGUAUUUUUUAUCUCAAAUAGUUAUAUAUAUAUAUUUCUUACAUGAAGUGGACAAUAUACUAAAAAUUGGCGCCAAUUUGUUUGUUACUUUUUUCCUAAUGAAUAAUACUAAUUAACCUUUCAAUUAUAGAUAUUUUCUCUUAUCUUGAAUUACUAUCAAUUUGUAUUACUGUACCCUCACAAGUUUACAUAUUUCUUUUUCAUAAAUUUAUUGUUUACUGCUGAGAUCUGAUUUCAACUGUAUAUUUAUAGUUUCAAUGGAAAUUAAUCAAUGUUGAUAAAGUUUCAUUUGGAAAGGAGACUAUUGUUUAAUGAUACAUAUAUAAAUAUUUAAACAAUGUAUAACAUAAAUCAACCCAAAAUGAUAUUGUGAUUAUUAUUAUUAUUACUAAUAUAGACUCUAUUCUCAUCAGGUCCAUUGUUUCAGAAACAUAUAAGUGAAUAAACGUAAUUGACAAAGAGUGAUCAUAGUUUCCUUUUUAAAAACCAAAUAAAUAAAACAUCUUUAGCAUUUAGACAUUGUUUAUUUAGCUUUCUUUUUUCUCUCUCUUUAAUGUACAGCCUCAUUGUUCAAAACUUAACAAACAAAUAAAUCAGUGGUCC